AUGAUUACCCCCACAGCCACACGUCUAGGCAACAUUUUCAAAGCAACACACCGCACUAUCGGCAAACUGCCUUGGCUAUCUGAAUGGUUCACUACCCCCCAGCGUACAACAUUCAUAAUUAAGGGAAUCGACGGAAAUGGCCCUUUCAAGAAGACUAUUACAUCGCCAUUGGCACGAUCACAAAUCUUCGACAUGUCGUUCUACGGCGGUAGUGCCUAUGGCAUCAAAGUUGGACCAGGAGGCGCAUACCUCAACGGCCAAAUGUUAGUCGACGACAACUGCACUAUUACAAGUAUCAAAGCAACAACCAGCACAGAGCUAGAACUAGAACCCAAACACAUCGUCGGCUUCCUCGUGUUUGGAGCUGGCCUCGGCACCAUCAUCUUUGCCUGCGGACGCGUGGUAAAGCUGUUGUAA